AUGGCCUGGUCCAUUCAAGACGGUUUCCAUCCGAAGGAGCUGACCCCAGGCGACGCGAUCAGGUACUACGUGUUCCCCUGCUUCCUCGUCCUGGUCUGCACCCCUGGCUCCUUGUUCCUCUUGUGGUUCGGCCAAGGCAAGGACCGGCCGGCCCCGGACGCCAGCGUCUUCUUGGGCAGCAGCUUCGCUUGGACCGUCGUCGCGGUGACCCUGGCCUGGGCCUAUGCGUUCCUGAGGAUUCCGUCCGCGAAGUGUCACGGGCCGACCACAUACUUCGGGCAGACCCCGGAGUAUCAGGCCAAUGGGGUCCUUUACUUCUGGGCCAGUUUGAUCGCUUUCGUGUUCUGCUGUGCGUUGUGGCCCGAUCUCCCCGUCUCGAUCUACGAGGAAAUGCCCUACAUCAUGGGGUCUCUCAACAGUUUCGCCCUCUUGUUCUGCGUCCUGCUCCUCGUCAGAGGGAAGUACUGGCCCCAGAGCAAAGAACGGAUUGGGAAGUUUCCCCUGAUCUACGAGUACUACCGGGGCAUGGAACUCCACCCGAGGAUCUUCGGCGUGGACAUCAAACAGCUGAUCAUCUGUCGAUUCGGCAUGAUCGCAUGGGAACUCCUGAACUUGACCUACCUCUUCGCCGGGCUCCGUCUUCACAGUUACAACGCGGGCUUCCUGGUCAGCGUCCUGCUCCAGUCGAUCUACCUGGCCAAGUUCUUCUGGUGGGAGGCGGGAUACUUCGACACGUUGGACAUCAUCUACGACCGAGCGGGCUUUUACCUCUGUUACGGGUGCUUGGUCUUCGUCCCGUCGAUCUACGCCUUCUCGUCGUAUUACUUCGUGGCCCACCCGCCCCUCGUCUCCGACGUCACGGCCUGGGUCGUCUUCGGGCUCGGCAUCGCCUUCGUGCUGCUCAACUACAAGGUGGACUACGAGAAGCAGGUGUUCAAAAACACCGGCGGAAAGUGCGAGAUAUGGGGAAAACCGGCGAGGUACCUGGAAGUGGAGUACUCCACGACGAGCGGCGUGAAGCGGUCCAAGCUGCUCACCUCGGGGUUCUGGGGCAUGUCGCGGCAUUUCAAUUACGUGUUCGAGCUGCUCGCGGCGUAUAGCUGGGCCGUGGUGGGGAUUCAUUACGGGGCGUGGCCGUUUCUCUACAGCACCAUACUCACGAUCCUGCUCGUGCAGAGGAUCUUUCGGGACGAGGAGAAGUGCUCGAAGAAGUACGGGAAGUACUGGGAUCAGUACUGCAAACGCGUGCCGUAUCGACUGAUCCCUGGAGUUUUUUGA